AUGCUGUCUCCAACGAGGAGGACGCGCCGCAGCGUCAGCCGGCCCUCCAUCAACGACGAGAAUGCCUCACCCUUCCCUUACUCCUUGGAUGUCUCCGUCUCGAUGCAGCCAUCAGAGCCCCCAUCGUCACCACUCAUCUCCAACAGCGUCCUUUACAACCUGCCCGAUCCCACCAUCGGUCUGCCCGCCUCGUCGAGACUCGUGGAUAUCCCCUUCCUCCCGAGCCCCUUCAAGCGCUCCGCCAUCGCACCCCUCAACAAGCCACUUUCGAUCGAGCAGACACAGCAACUUGGAUCCACCAAGCCGCGCUCUUCCUCUGUCGCUUCCACUCAGCCCUCAUCACAGGCCAAUCUGAACGCACCCGGUGGUCUUCCGACGCCACCCAACUCGGGCGAAGCACUCAUUGCAACGCCUGGGCCAUCCAAUCGCGCACUGGCUUCCCUCCCUCGUGAGCCCGUCUCGCCGUCGCCCACCCGCUCCCGCAACGUCCGUCCCUCUCCAGCCCGCACGCCGGCAGCCAGGUCAUCGCGUGCGCCUUCCACCCCUCUCCGCAGCCAGCGCGGCACUUCCCACCGUCGCCUCACUUCCAACGACCAGGACGGCAGCGAAGAUGACGACCUCAACAACGCUCGCAGCACACGCACGCCUAGCCGCAUGCAGCCACUCAGAGAGUUCGCCGAAGACUCGGACGACGAAGAGCCCGAGCAGGAGGACGAGAUCCAGCUCAUCAGCUUCAGACGCGGUGGACCGGACGCAACCUUUGUGCGCGAGAUCAAGGAAAACGGUUGGGACCAGCCCAUGCCGCCGAGCCCCAUCAAGUUCACCUAUCUUGAGCCCGUGGCUCCUCGUCCACGUCAAUCCUCCGCAGCACCACGCGCGCGAUCCCAGUCGCGCUCCAAGACGCCCCAGAUCCGUGCCUCGCCAGCACCCAGCCAUGCCUCGUCCUCGAGGAGCUCGCGUGCUUCUCGAUCGGUUCGUGCCCCCUCGGCGACGCUUGCCGAUCAGUCGGCAGACGCAUCCGACGAAUCCAUCAAGAGCUCCGGCUCGGUACUCACCAACCUCAGCCGUCUCUCCCAGGCCACGGCAGCCAGAGCAUCGCGUCGCAAGUCGGUCGCCCGCUCUUCCA